CUUUUGAAAAGCCGAAAGACAAAUCGAAAGUAAAAUGUUUCCCUCUUUUUGGACGGACGAUCGCAAAUGAGGCAAAAGUGCUCAUCCCACUUCACCAACAUCGACUAGAUAUUUAUCCAUCUAAUAUAUAAACUGAACGUAUAAAAAGUAGUUGACCAUUAGAAAGUAAAUUAGAAUAUCAAAGUGAAUUCGUUGUGAUCAAAUCAAACAAAGUAAACGGGAUUAACCAUCAACAAAGCGUUUCAAUUACAAUUAUUGUUUAACUUUUUGUGCCAUAAGAAUCAUUAAUUGUGGAAUAAUCAAUUGUGCAGUUAAUUACCUGUCCAUCUAAUUUACAAUGAGUAUCAAGCAUCUUAUCAUUUUUGCCGCUUUUGGAUUGACCCUCGUUUUGGCCGUUUCAUUGAAAAGGGCUAAACGUGCUGCCUACGAAUUACCUGAUGGAAUUGAAUUCUAUAUUGGUGACAUUCGAACUACUUUCCAAUGUCCAGGCGCCGGUUUCUAUGCUGAUGUCGACAAUAAUUGUCAAUUGUUUCACAUUUGUGCAAGAAAUGAAUUCCCCAAUGGAAAAGUAGAAAUGGCUCAUUACACCUUCGCUUGUGGUAACCAAACCGUCUUCAGUCAAUAUUCAAUGACCUGCGCUCAUCCAUCGGAAGCGAUUCCAUGUUCGUCAUCACCUGAUUUCUAUUAUCUCAAUGAACUCCUUGGACUUUCCGAUCAACCUUUACACCGACAAGAGGAUGUCGACCGAGCUGCUCCUUAUUUCGGUGCUCGAAGACAAAAAUAAUCUAAUGAAUUAAUUAAUUACGAAAUUAAUAUCUUUCUCUCUCUCUCUCAUUAUCUUUCAAAGUAAAUUUGUUGUUUAUAUUUUUCUUUCAUAUUCUUCAUUCAAUUUAUGAUGGACAUCCAAAGAUGACCAAAGGAUUAACUCUAUAAUCCACCAUCGUCAUUUAUCAUCAUCAUCAUUUUUCUUAUUAUAAAGUAAACUAACAAAUCGUCUUGUCA